UUGUCCACUACCUCUCUCCGUAGCAGCCACACAGUCACUGCUUAGGGCAUGCGCACUGCACUUGUAGCGCAACUGAGCUUGCUUUCCACGCGUGUAGAUUCACACUUUGUGAAAAGUCUGUUUAGAAGACAAAUUGUGAAAAUAUAAGCUGUAUUUUUCACUACUAUGGGAGGUCAGGCAAAGGGAAAAAAGAAAAGCAAGCCGAAGAGGAAGGAGAACCGCCCAAACACAGAUGCAGGGUUUGUUGGAUUAUCACCUCAAGAAAGGAUGAAACUAAGAGUACAUGAAAAAGCCAAGAAGAAGACAGCUGAGAAGUACUCUGUGCAACAGUUACUAGAGAAGACAGAGGAAUGCAUGGACAGUUUUGACUUUGAGAUGGCUGGUCUUUUCUGUCAACGAGCCCUGGAUGUGGACUCCACCAACCUGCUAGCUCUAGACAUGCAGGGACACAUCUGCUCUGAACUAGGAGACACACAGAAAGCUAAAGGAGCUUUUCUGCGUGCAGUGGAGCUGAGCCCAGAUGUAGGCCACAGUAAGUACAUGUACCUGGGACAAAUCCACACAGGCCAGGAGGCUGUGGACUUCUACACUAAAGGAAUACAAGUCCUUCUGUCGGCUUUGGACAAACAAGUACAGACCACACAGGCUCAGGCCGGAGCUGCUGCCCCACCAGAUGAGGACACAGAGCUCCCCACAGCAAAGGAUGUUUGUGUAGCCUACUGCUCCAUGGCCGAGAUUUACCUAACAGACCUCUGCAUGGAAGAGGGAGCUGCAGACAAGUGCAAAGAUUUCAUUGAGAGAGCAUUACAGUAUCGCCAUGACAACCCUGAGGCUCUACAGCUCAUGGCAAGUUACCUGUUCAGUACAGAGAGAAACCAGGAAGGCAAAGAAUACCUGUUGAAGAGUGUUGCAUUGUGGCUACCUGCCCAGAAACAGAGUGCAGCGUCUUCCAGCACAGAGGAAGACAUGCAGAAUGAGAUUCCACCGUACGAGUCUCGCGUCACCACAGCCAAACUGCUCAUUGAGUCUGAGGAAUAUGAGACGGCGGUAGAUGUGCUGGAGGGUCUCCUGGAGGAGGAUGAUGAGGUCGUCCAGGUUUGGUAUCUCUCCGGCUGGGUGUGCUACCUCCAGUUUGAAAAAGCAAAGGAGCAGCAAGAAAGAGAGGGAAGAGAAGUGAUGGAGGAGGACACGGAAGAGUGGAAGGCAUUGAAGGAGGCGGGCAGAUCAUACCUGACCAAUACUAAGAAGCUGUACAGUAAGCUGCGAUGUGAUGACCAGCCAAUGUUGGAGCAUGUGGACCAGCUGCUAGGCGACCUGGGUGGAGAGCUGGAGGGAGAGGAGGGAGAUCCAGUCUUGGAUGAAGACUAUGAACCCUGUAGUGAUGAGGAGGAGGAGGGUAAUGCAGAGGCACCCAUGGAACACUGACCACAGCCCCCUUGAUUGUAUUCUGCGAUUUAUCCCCCCAUCAUCAUGUUUCCCUCUAGUUAAAAUGUUCUAGCGCACUCUCUGAAGUGCCUUUUGUUUCUGACUAUCCUUUCACACCAGUUUAUCAAAGAUGAAAUUUGAAAUCAGGUGAGAUGCACAAAAAGAGUGGCAUUAAAAGCUACAGUCUACUCAA